AUGAUUAGACAAUUCAAUUUGCCUCACAGAGCUGUAGUAGGUAUUGAAAGUGUCAUUCAGUCUCUAUUGGAUCAAGACGUGCUAGUUCAAAGCACCAGCCCAUGUAACACCAUUUUACCAAUUCCCAAAGCAAAUCGCCCUGAUGAAUGGCGGUUCGUGCAGGACCUGCAAGCGAUUAAUAAUAUAGUGGUACCUGCAGCUCCAAUUGUGCCUGACACCAAUUCGAUUUUAGCUUCUUUACCAUCUAACUCCACGCACUACACAGUCGUUGAUCUGAGUUCUGCAUUUUUCUCGAUACCGUUGCAUCCAGAUAGCCAGUAUCUGUUUGCAUUUACAUUCAAAGGUAAGCAAUACACUUGGCGACGGUUGCCGCAGGGUUUUGUCGAGAGUCCCACGGUGUAUGCAGCGGUGGUAAAAAGAGAUCUAGAUGGGCUCCACCUGCCAGGUGGCUCCACUCUCUUGCAGUACGCUGAUGACCUCCUAAUAGCUUCUCCAUCAAAAGAAGCUUGCCAAACAGACUCUAUCUUGCUGCUACAGAGACUGGCCGAGUGUGGUCACAGAGCGUCGCUGGCAAAGUUGCAGUUCUGUCGACCAGAGGUGACAUAUUUGGGUCAUGUUCUGAAGGAUGGACAACGCCUUUUGUCACCGGAGAGGGUGAAACUACUAGUUAACAUGCCUCCCCCCACAACCAAGAAACAGAUGCUCUCUUUUCUGGGGAUGGCUAAUUACAGCAGACACUGGAUUUUUGAAUAUGCAACUAUGGACUCUGUUUUGAGAGCUGCCACACUGCAAUCAGCUCCACCCGUGGUACAGUGGACUGAGGAAAUGCACAAAGCCUUUCAAGAUCUGAAAAAUGCUCUCACAAUGGCUCCAGCGUUGGGUUUGCCUGACUAUCAUCAGCCGUUCCAUCUACAUGUGCAUGAGAGAGAUGGCUUCGCCACUGGCAUUCUGGUACAGAAACAUGGUUCUCAUUAUCGUCCUGUUGCGUACUACUCCUCUCGACUGACCCCUGUAGUUCUCGGUAUGCCAGGUUGUCUAAGAGCAGUGGCCGCUGUUGCCAUUUUGAUCGACAAAUCUUCUCCCAUUGUACUGGCUCAUGACUGUGUCGUGCAUGUUCCACAUGCAGUGUUACACAUUUUGAACACAUCUGCAACACAACACAUGACAGCAGCACGCCGCUCAGGUUACGAGGCAAUAAUUCUUUCAAGUCCCCACAUAACUUUAAAGCGCUCACCUCCAAUAAAUCCAGCUACUCUGCUACCAUUGAUUGAUACAGAUGAUGAGCAUGACUGUAUCGCCCUUAUUGAAAUGUGCACAUCUCCGAGACCAGAUCUGCUGCAAACACCGAUACCAAAUUCUGAUAUGGUUCUUUAUACUGAUGGUUCGGCUAGCAGACCAUCUGACAACGUACAUUUGGCUGGUAAAGUUGCCACUAUCUACACUGACUCGCGAUACGCAUUCGGCGCUGCGCAUGACUUUGGACAAUUAUGGAAAAUGAGAGGUUUUGUCUCAUCCUCUGGUAAGCCAUUACAGCAUCACGCGUUGGUAAAUGAUCUAUUAGAGGCUAUUUUGCGCCCGUCACAGCUCGCGAUUGUAAAAUGUGCAGCCCACACUAAAGGAAAUGAUCCUGUUUCACAAGGAAAUGCAAUGGCUGAUACUGCAGCCAAACAAGCCGCACUUUCCUCCUCCUCCAUGGUCCAUCAAUAUACCUCCACACAACCCGUCAAUCCAAUUCCAGUACCUUCCGCUAAUGAUGUCGUGAAAAUGCAAAAUCACGCUGAUGACAGGGAGAGAAGUCUUUGGUUGCGUAAAGGUUGUGCAGUUGAUUCGGAGUCUGGCUUGUGGCUCCACCCGGAUGGGCGACCAGUUUGCCCAAGAGCUCUCCUACAUGUCUUGGCACGUGUACACACAUGGACCAACACAUGUUGGAAGAGGGGUGAUAAAUGAUGUUAUUCGUUCACAAUGGUUUGCACCAGGCAUUACACAAGUCUCACAAACGCUUGUAGACAGUUGUAUGACCAGACCAGAAAGAAGAAUAGCACAGUGAAGCCUGACCAUCUGGAACCUCUGUCAGGUUAUUUUUGCAAAUAGACUGUACAUAUUAAAAUUGUUAAGGCAAUAAAUAUUUGUUAGUCAUAACUGAGCAAUUCUCAAAGUGAGUUGAGGGUUUCACAACAAGAAAAGAAGACACAAAAAUAGUUCUUAAGUGUCUGCUAAAAGAGGUGAUCCCCAGAUCUGGGGUGCCACGGAAUAUAGAUAGUGACAAAAUUUAGUUUUUGUAUAAAAAAAAUCAUGCAGGAUCUGUCAGGAAUUUUAGGGUUCAAGUUGCAGUUGCAUGUUCCAUAUCACCCACAAAGUUCUGGUCAAGUUAAAAGAAUGAACACAACUAUCAAAGAACGGUUGACCAAAACAGUACUAACAAAAGGUCUGAAAUGGCCUGAUGCACUGCCUAUUGUGCUGUACUCCAUCUAAAGUGCACUAAGUGCAACAACAGGACUGAGUCCUCAUGAGAUGUUAAUGGGGAGACUAAUGUCCACAGGGACAAGGUAAUCUCUGACACCAAACAAAACUUCUCUGCUUUGGACGGAUGAGUUUAUGGCUGAAUAUGUAAAAAGAUUAACUGACGUUUUGAAUUUUAUCAUUACAGGUGUCUGAACGGCUCACGAAACCAUCAGAGGAACCAAUUCAUCCUUUUAAUGAAGAAAAUUUUGUAUUAAUCAAAUAUCUAAAAAAAAAAUGUUUUUGUCUCCCAGGUGGAACCAGGUGUUGGUGACAAUAAGGACUUGUAUUUCCUGCGCUUUAACCAAACUGCCUAUUAACCAAACUAACCAAACUAUUAACCCUGUUAUGUUUGACUGUCCAAUUGACAGAUGUGAUGACUGUUAUAUUGUUCACCCCCUGACUUUCUCUCAAGGUAAAUGGUCGUGGACAACGCAUGACAAAGCUCUGAUUAAGACAGUGUUGAGUGUACCCAGGUAAUGAAGGUAACAUUCACAGCUGCUGUACCUUUGACUGAACCUCUGGAGCUGUGGUGUUUCACUAAACAGCCAUUGAAAAGUUAUCCUGAUUAUAAACUGUGGGCUGUUAAUUACCGAGAUGUUCCAGGGGAGGUGCAGAGCGGUAAGAUCUGUACUAUGGUGAAACUGAUAAGGGUGACAGUUUUCUAUAUACUGGUCAAUUUUCUUCCAUAAAUACACUUGAGGCAGCCAAACCUAAAUCAACAAGGCAUGAUGGAGGUACAGGUGAAGUUUCUCAAACUCUAGUGCAAAAAAAAAAACCAAACAAAUUCGGCCCUCAGUCUAAUGAAUGAUUAUGCUCGCGAUCGUAAUCUCAGUAACUGUUGGCUAUGUCAAAAUAUGCCUUCGUCCAUACACUCACCAAUGUCUCAUCCAAUUCCAUUCACUAGAGCGGAUUAUAAAGUGUUCAACUGGAAUGAUUUGGCCACGAGAUUUGAAGAUGAAGCAGAUGAGUGCUAUACUCCUGCCUACCCUGUAGUCUCCACAUGAUACUGAAAUUGCCUUAUACAUUGCUAAAACAGUCAAUGAACAGUACCUACUGAGCAGUUUCAGUUAUACUAC